GCCUGGUGGGUUCGCGCUGGGGUGUAUGCCAGACCGAACUCUGAACCGAGCCAAAUCUCGCCGCCGUCAACCAUGGAUCCGAGCCGGCCACUCCUGGGGCGCGGCGCCUUCCUCUCCUCCUCGGCGCACGCCGCCGCCGCCAUCAUCCUCAUCGCCUUCCUCCUCCUCACCCUGCUCCGCCUCCCGCUCUCCCCCUCCAUCUCCAUCUAUACCCCUCCCCCCCUCGCCUCCACGCCCCACCACCACCUGCAGCACCAGGACCAUGAGGACCAGGAGCAGGAGGACGCCUCGUCCUGCGACCUCUCCUCCCCGCUGGACUGCGCCGACCCACGCCUCUUCCACCUCAUGAUGCGCAGCGCCAUCGACGCCUUCCCCGCCGUCCAUUUCGCCCGCUUCGGCCGCCCCGUCCCCGGCGACCCGCCCUCCGCUUCCUGCGACAUGGCAUGGCGCGCCCGCACCAACGCCUCCGCCUCCGCCUCCCCCACCGCCACCACCAAGGACUACCGCCGCUUCGCCAUCGCGAGGGACCCACACACCUGCGCCUACUCCGUCACCUCCAUCGGUGAUUACCACUCCGGCCCCAACGCCCGCAAGCCUCGGCCCGGCGCCUCCAACGCCACCGCCGCCCCGCCCCCGCCGCCGCUCUCCCGCUCCCAGUUCGCCGCCGCCACCUACCUCUCCUACCACGGCGGAGGCGACCGCUGCAAGCUCAUGCCACACUACAUGCGGAGCCUCCUAUGCGCCCUCGCCGAGGCGCGCUACCUCAACCGCACCCUCGUCCUCGACCUCAGCCUCUGCCUGGCGGCCUCCUACACAGCCGCCGGCAUGCCUGAGGAGGGCAAGCGCCUCGCCUUCUACUUCGACAUCGACCACCUCCGGUCGUCCGUGGUGGACAUCAUCGAGGAAAGACAGUUCUGGGAAGAUUGGGACAGGUGGGGAGCACAGGGCCAGCUCGGGCUCCGGCUCAUUGAGGACACUAGGGUUGCCCCCACCAAGUUCUCGAAAGCUAAGGACACCCUGAUUGUCAGGAAAUUUGGGGACGUCGAGCCAGGGAAUUACUGGUACCAUGUGUGUGAGGGUGAGGCAGAGCGUGUGCUCCCUCCGCCGCGCCAUGCCAUACGUUUGGCACCAAGUUUGAUGAGCAUUGUUGAUGAUAUCAUCUCAAGUAUGCAGCAAGACUUCGAUUCCGUCCAUGUUGGUGGCAGUGUUGAGGACCUCAUCCAGCGAAUCGAGGAUGGUGUUGAUGUACGAAGGCAAGUGUACAUUGCCGGAGAGGGGAUCAACACGGUCUCCAUGGAGGUGCUUAAGGCAAAGUACAACAACUUGCGUUACCUGGAUGAGUUUCAGAGGCUCUGGAGAAAAGACAGCAAGUGGUUCUUGGAGAUGAAGAGGCUCAAUGGUGGAGUUCCUGUGAAGUUUGAUGGGUACAUGCGUGAGCUGGUUGACAGGGAGGUCUUCCUCAAGGGCAAGAAGAAGGUCGAGGUGCUCCACUGAUUGCUUCUCCAAGAUAAAAUGUUGGAAGACAUGGCAUGCUUUUUCCAAUUAUGCUGCGGGGUGAACGAAGGCACGCCACAAAAAUGACGAAGAAAGACAUUUGGGCUUGCGCUGAGAGACAAGAGAAUCAGGAAAGCAUAUCUCAUUCUCAGCCCCAUUCCUCUAAUCUCUAGACUCAUGUGCCUGAUGCAUGGUCUGCUCUGUGCAUCAAGAUUUCUCUCUUAUUUAAAAUUUGAACUUAACUAUAGUAAUGCUGAGUAGCAAUUUUUUUUCUUAUCCUUUUCUUGUAUUGUAUCACCUCCAGAUCAGGGAAUCAAAAAGGCAGUACCACCACCGCAUCAUGCUGCUGUUGUUUCACACCUUGAACCAUCAAAGAGGCGGUGCCAUCGCCACCUCAUGAUGUAGAAUGCCACAUCCAGGUUCCUCUGGCAGCUCAUCCCCCAGACAAGCAUGGCUUCUUCAGGGGCAAGCUCACUCCCGUGGUAC